AUCGCGCUGCAGCUCCCGGCAGGUUUCGCUCCGCAGCCGGGACCCCCCAGUUGGUGCCCGAGAGAGCAUCGCCCCCCGGGCUGGGCUGUGCCCCCGCUGCAGAGCAGGUUUGAUGUGACACCACCACCGGUCUCUCAAACCAGGGACAGCAAGUAAAGGGGUGACCCCCACACAGAAUUGGGGUGACUUCCUCCAUCCACCAGUCUCCCCCCAGCAGAAACCAAACCCAGGACACAGCAUAGAGGGGUGUUCCACACACAGGUGGGUUUGGGAACAACAACAGUGGGGGUACCCCAAGCCACGAGGAGUGCGGGAAAGGUUUGGCAGCUCUUUGGCUUUACUGACCCAUUGGCAGAUCCACCCGGGACACAACCCUGGAAGUGCCCCGAGGGCAGCCACGGAUUGAACCAACAUUCAGCUUUAUUGACUGAUUGGAGGAUCCACCUGGGUGAAAGCCCCUCUGGGUGCCCUGAGGGUGGGAGAGCUUUUAGUCACUGCUUGACCUUGGUGAAACAUCAUUGAAUCCAUCCAGCAGAAGAACUUGCCGUUGGUGAGGAACGUGGGAAAGGGUCAGGACCCACCUGGCCCAUCUCCAUCAUUGGGCCAUCCAUAGGGGUAGAGUGGUCCUAUAGGUGUGGCCCUCUUGGAGCCACCUCGUGUCUGGUCCCAGGUGAUGCCCUCACACCAGUGCCAUGUCCCACGACUGCCACCAGUGUGGGAAGACUUUUAACAGAAGGUCAAAAUUGAUCCGGCACCAGCGAAUCCACACGGGCGAGAGACCCUUCAGGUGUCUGGAGUGUGGGAAGGGCUUUGCUGAGAAUUCCCAGUUAACCCAGCACCGCCGCAUCCACACAGGUGAGAAGCCCUACAAGUGCACUCAGUGCGGGAAGAGCUUCGUCGGUCAUGGUGGGUUGAUUUGUCACCAGCGUGUUCACAGUGGAGAAAAACCCUUCAGGUGUCCCCAGUGUGAGUGGAGCUUUGCGGACAACUCAACCCUUGUUAAUCACCUCCGGGUCCACACAGGUGAACGUCCCUACACGUGUCCUGACUGUGGGAAGAGCUUUGCCCGGAUCUCCACGCUUGUCAACCAUCGUCGUAUCCACACGGGCGAGAGACCCUUCAGGUGUCUGGAAUGUGAGAAGGGCUUUGUCUCCAGAUCCUUGUUAACCCAGCACUGCCAGAUCCACAUGGCCGAGAAGUUCUAUAAGUGCCCUCAGUGCGGGAAGAGCUUCAGCACUAGUGGUCGGUGGAUUCGUCACCAACGUGUCCACACAGGGGAAAGACCCUACGUGUGUCCCCAGUGCCAGAAGAGCUUUGCAAGUGGCUCAGGCCUCACCGCUCACCUCCGGGUCCACACGGGUGAACGUCCCUACACGUGUCCCGACUGCGGGAAGAGCUUUGCCUGGAAUUCUACACUCUUCUACCAUCGUCGCACCCACACGGGAGAGAAACCCUACACGUGUCCCCACUGCCAGAAGGGCUUCAGAGACCGUGCUGCCUUGCUGAAACAUCAACGGUUCCACACGGGAGAACGACCCUUCAGCUGCUCCCAGUGCGAGAAGGGGUUUUACCAGAGAGCAGAUCUCAUCCGUCAUGGCCAGACCCACCUCAGGAAUCACCAAGAAUGAAGGGGCACAGUCAAGGUCACCACAUUUUCCAAACUCUGUCCCACCAAUGAUGUUUUCUCCAGCUUCUCAUGGACCAUAAAAUGAUGUCAGCUCAGGAACCACUUCAUGUCCCAUCCAAUAUUUUUAUAUGAACAUUUCGUUUAAGCCUCUUUAAGGGUUUUUUUUAAUCAAUAAAAGGCAAAAAGAUGUCUAUAUGUCUGUGACACCCUCCUCAAGGGACAAGGGGAAAGCGUGGAAUGGGUCCCCAUUUAUUUUUAUAGGGGGGAAAAUACCAAUAAGGAGCAUUUCAGGGUGAUUUUGUGAGGGCAUUUGCAAGGGAAACGGGGCAACAAGGUGGGAUUGGGUAGUUUUGAGAUGCAAAAAAUGCCUUUUUCCUCUAGGAUGCUGUUUUGGGGAGAUUUAGACUAACAAAAUUCUCUGCUCUUCAAUUUCCAGCUGUGGUGGCUGGAAAACUGGGCAGGGAGGUCCAGGAUAACUGGAGGUUUGAUGCCGGUGGGGGUUAUUUUUCUAAUAAAAUAAUACAAUUAUAUAAAGGGGUGAUGGUUCUAUCCCUUUUGGGUCUUGGGGUGCAAAUGAUGGAGAAGCCUUUAGGUGCUGGAAGGUUGGGAAACCCGUCCUCCCCCCAAGUGCCCACGUUUCCCACCCUUUACUGCAGCAUCUUUAGAGGGACUUUUUACCAAUAGGAGGCAAAAAAAUCUAUCAGUGUGACACCUUCCUCAAGGAACAAAGGGGACAUGCUAGGAUGGGGAGAAAUACCAAGAAAUGGAGCAUUUUAUGGUGACUUUCCUGAGGAAAAUGAGGAAACAAAAUGGGAUUGGGUCAUUCUGAGGUGAAAAAUGCCUUUUCCUCUAGGAUGCUAUUUUGUGGAAAUUUAGACCCCAAAAUCGGUCUCUUCAAUUUCCAGCUGUGGUGGCUGGAAAACUGGGGAGAGGUUCAGGAUAACCUGAGGUUUGGUAUCAAUUAGGAUUAUUUUUAUAAAUAAAAUUCUCAAUAAAAUGAUAUAAAAAAGUGA